CGGCUGUUGAUUGGUCCUCAACCGUAUCCGGUGGGGCAGCGGUCCAGGGCCAGGAAAAAAAUCGAAGUGAGGAGGAGGAUCGGGUAACGGGGCGCUUUAUAAAAUAUCUAAUCUACCGAGUGUCUGUCGAAAGGCUCGGUGGGAUUUUACAGUUUCAACACAAGGGUAGAGGUCACAGAGCAGGGUUGCGGUUGUCGUCAUGGCAUCUGGAAGCACGAGCAGCGAGGAGGAGCGGAGUCUGAGGGAGUGUGAGCAGUACGUGCAGAAACACAACAUCCAGCAGUUGCUGAAGGACUGCAUUGUCCAGCUGUGCACCUCCAGGCCCGACAGGCCCAUGGCUUUCCUCCGGGAGUACUUCGAGAGGCUGGAGAAGGAGGAGGCCAAGCAGAUUCAGAACCAGCAGAAGGCCGGCAGUUCUCGCUCGGACUCGCGUGACGAGGAGGUGUCUCCCCCCAUGAACCCUGUGGUGAAGGGUCGCAGGCGAAGAGGAGCCUUCAGCGCAGAGGUGUACACAGAGGAGGAUGCAGCGUCGUAUGUCAGAAAGGUCAUUCCUAAAGACUACAAAACAAUGGCUGCUCUGGCUAAAGCUAUAGAAAAGAAUGUUCUCUUUGCACAUCUGGAUGACAAUGAGAGGAGUGACAUUUUUGACGCAAUGUUUCCAGUCACCUAUAUUGCUGGAGAAACCGUUAUUCUUCAAGGUGACGAAGGUGACAAUUUCUACGUCAUCGACCAAGGAGAAAUGGACGUGUACGUGAACAACGAAUGGGUGACCAGCAUUGGCGAAGGAGGAAGCUUCGGAGAACUGGCGCUGAUCUACGGCACCCCCAGAGCGGCCACGGUCAAAGCCAAGACCAACGUGAAGCUGUGGGGCAUCGACAGAGACAGCUACCGGAGAAUACUCAUGGGAAGCACUUUGAGAAAGAGGAAGAUGUACGAAGAGUUCCUCAGGAAAGUCUCCAUUUUAGAGUCUCUCGACAAGUGGGAGCGUCUGACAGUCGCCGAUGCCUUGGAACCGGUCCAGUUUGAGGAUGGACAAAAGAUCGUGGUGCAGGGAGAGCCUGGAGACGAGUUCUUCAUCAUCUUGGAGGGUUCUGCAGCCGUUUUGCAGCGCCGCUCGGAGCACGAGGAGUUUGUUGAAGUGGGGAGAUUAGGCCCUUCGGAUUACUUUGGUGAGAUCGCUCUGCUGAUGAACCGGCCCCGCGCCGCCACCGUGGUCGCCCGCGGCCCCCUGAAGUGCGUUAAGCUCGACCGGCCUCGCUUCGAGCGGGUCCUGGGCCCUUGCUCGGACAUACUCAAACGCAACAUCCAACAGUACAACAGCUUUGUGUCGCUGUCCGUCUGAGGGAGCGCUUGUCCUCCCCUUCUCUGCUGCCCUCACCUCUCACCCUCCGUCCUCUCAGACCCAGGGUCCUCCAAUGCAAUUUGCUUUUUCUUUUCCUCUCUUUUGGCCCUCUCUUUGUUUAACACACACACACACACACAGAUGGUUUUGCUGUUACACCCGCCUCGCAGAGGUGAUUUUUGGCCACUCACCAGCGCUUCUACCAGCUGCUGUACGCUACCUUGUAGGCACGGUUUUUCUCAUUUGUGUAAAUACCUGUGAAUUUUUCCUUUGAAACGAGAGAUCUGAAGGACUUCAGAGACAGACAAUCAGACCCGGCCGGCGCUUUCAGUGUUCGUUACGUCACAGAUCGAGGGGAAGAUUACUCGGCUUCCUUUUUGACACCCGAUUAGGUUCACAUAGCAGAGAUCAAGAACUGUCGAAAGCAGGAAGAACGUUGUUGCACCUUUUAUUUUUUAUUUUAGGUUCCAGCUCCAAUGUUACACAUUUAAUUGCGCUUUUAUUUUUUUUUAAUCGUACGAGGAGACAACAGCGUGUCUGAUUUGCUUCGUUUUGAGAAAGCUUGUACAAUUUAAUUUUUUGUGUGUGCAGCUGCCAGGCUAGUGCCAAAUGUUAAAUGAUUUUUUUUCACGGCGCUGAGAUGCAUAGCCAUGGAAAAUGCAGUGCGUAAUCUGUUUCCUGGAACUCCAGCAGGAAGUAGUUGUUAUUCUUAAUGUCCUCUUUAAUUAUUGUAAAGACCCUGAAAGAACUGCCUUGAAUACUCUAACCGUGGAAAUAGGAAGAAAAAAAAGAGUAUUAAAGUGAGUUUCAGUAUUCAGCUUCCUUCAAAAUUAACUUCUGCUAUGGUUUGUAAUCCAAAUGUGAGCAGAAUAUAGUCAGAAAGUUAUAUUACUUAUGGUAAAAAUGGUUCGGAGUGAACUUAAAAAAAAUGUUUAACUGUCUUUUGUAAACAUUUAUUUUUCCAUAAAUUCUAUUGUAGGUGUCCAGUGCCACAAAUGAUUAAAUAAAUGCUUCUUCUUGUCAACUGACAUAACAGUAUGUAAUUGUAUUGUGUAAAAAUGUGACAGGGGGGGAAAAAGAAACCCCCCCAAAAACAGUGAUUGACGGGGUUGUCGGUUUGAGAUGCGUGUCGUUGCUGAGUUGGAGAGGAGGCUGCAGGUUGACGUGGUUUUGCUUCAGAGCCCGGUGACCUGGUGAAGGGGGGUUUGUUACAGCUUCAAUGCUUCGUGACUAUUUAGCAUCUCUUACUUUUCGUUCUUAAUUUUUACUUUUUAUAAAUAUAUCGCGUCCGAAUCACGUCUGGAUUAUAUUCUUAACUCUUCAUUCCUUCAUGCUGUCAGUGUUUGCCUCGCUCGUUCGAGGCGUUGGCUUCGUUUCGGUUCGGUUGGCGUAGCCCGAAUGCCGAUUGAACUCCCAGUCACCCUCUCAGUUCUUCUCGUGGAGGCGAUUUCCGUUGACGGCACAUCCCGCCCGAUCCAUAGGAAACGUUCAUUAAAGCCGUUUUCGUGUAAAUAGCGGCAUCGAUCCACAGCAUUUCCAGCCACUCUGCAAUUGUCCCGGUUUGCCUUAGCUUACUUUACCUGGGCUUAUUGUAGUAUGCAGUCACUCCUGCGAGCCUGACCUUCAGUGAGUUUGCUCGGUGUGCAGCACAAGCAGCUGCAGGCCGCCAGAGGACCAUUCUUUUUCUAUUUCCCAUGUAUUUAGUUUGACUUCUGUGUGCAAAGAUGUUUAUCCUUUUGGUAUAGAUUGUUCCAGAUGGCAGUUUAAGCAAUAAAAAGUAAAAAAAUCA